CUACUGAUCUACUUCUUGCCUGGAAUCCCAUUUGUUUGGGAUUGGUAGAAGGUGUUAUUGGGAAAAUUCAACUUCAUUCAGAUCUCCCAUGGUGGCUUAUUCUAAUUCGGCAGAAAGCAUUGGUGGGCAAACUCCCAGGAGACCAUGAAGUCUGUAAAGUUACCAAAAUUGUUGUGAUAUCACUUUCAGAAAUGGAACCUCAGGAUCUGGAGCUAGAGCUCUGUAAGAAGCAUCAUUUUGGGAUUAACAAACCAGAGAAGAUUAUACCAUCUCCUGAUGACUCAAAGUUUCUACUGAAGACCUUUACACAUAUUAAAUCCAAUGUGUCUGCUCCUAAUAAAAAGAAAGUUAAGGAAAGUAAAGAAAAGGAGAAGUUGGAGAGAAGAUUACUUGAAGAGUUGCUAAAGAUGUUUAUGGAUUCAGAAUCCUUUUAUUAUAGCUUGACUUAUGACCUGACCAAUUCCGUGCAGAGACAGAGCACUGGGGAGAAGGACAGCCGUCCUCUCUGGCAAAAGGUACAACUCACAGAUACAAGCAGGGUUUGCCCUCUGGAACAAUUGCUGACCCUUUCGUCUUUUGUAAAAAAACUGAAAUAAUGUGUUUUUGAACUGGAUUAUCUCUGGUUUUUUUCUAGGUUGAUGACCGAUUUUUCUGGAAUAAAUAUAUGAUACGAGAUCUUACUGAGAUUGGUAUGCCAGAUGUGGACUUUUGGAUUAUCCCUAUUAUCCAAGGUUUUGUGCAAAUUGAAGAACUUGUGGUUAAUUAUAAUGAAUCAUCUGAUGAUGAGAAAAGUAGCCCAGAGACCCCCCCACAGGAGUCCACCUGUGUAGAUGACAUUCACCCACGAUUUCUAGUGGCUCUCAUUUCACGGCGGAGUAGGCACAGAGCAGGAAUGCGCUAUAAACGAAGAGGAGUGGAUAAAAAUGGAAAUGUUGCAAAUUAUGUGGAGACUGAGCAAUUAAUUCAUGUUCAUAAUCAUACCCUGUCAUUUAUUCAAACACGAGGCUCGGUGCCUGUCUUUUGGAGCCAAGUUGGGUAUCGAUAUAAUCCAAGACCUCGGCUGGACAAAAGUGAAAAGGAAACUGUUGCCUAUUUCUGUGCCCAUUUCGAAGAACAACUGAAAAUUUACAAAAAACAGGUUAUUAUUAACUUGGUAGACCAGGCAGGAAGAGAGAAGAUUAUUGGGGAUGCUUACCUUAAACAAGUGCUGCUCUUUAACAACUCACAGCUCACUUACGUUUCCUUUGACUUCCAUGAGCAUUGCCGAGGAAUGAAGUUUGAGAAUGUUCAAACCCUAACAGAUGCCAUUUAUGACAUUAUUCUUGACAUGAAAUGGUGUUGGGUUGAUCAAGCUGGGGUAAUAUGUAAACAAGAAGGGAUUUUUCGAGUUAAUUGCAUGGACUGUCUGGAUCGCACCAAUGUGGUCCAAGCUGCCAUCGCACGAGUGGUCAUGGAACAGCAGCUGAAAAAAUUAGGUGUGAUGCUCCCGGAGCAGCCAUUACCUGUGAAGUGUAAUCGAAUCUACCAGAUAAUGUGGGCUAACAAUGGUGACUCCAUUAGCAGACAGUAUGCUGGGACAGCUGCUCUGAAGGGUGACUUUACAAGAACAGGGGAAAGGAAAUUAGCAGGAGUUAUGAAAGAUGGAGUUAACUCAGCAAAUAGGUAUUACCUCAAUCGGUUUAAGGAUGCUUAUAGGCAAGCUGUUAUAGAUUUGAUGCAAGGCAUUCCAGUGACAGAAGAUCUUUAUUCCAUAUUUACUAAGGAGAAAGAGCAUGAAGCUUUGCAUAAGGAAAAUCAGAGAAGCCACCAGGAACUAAUUAGUCAGCUCUUACAAAGUUACAUGAAGUUACUACUGCCUGAUGAUGAGAAAUUCCAUGGGGGCUGGGCACUCAUUGAUUGUGAUCCCAGCCUCAUUGAUGCUACUCAUAGAGAUGUGGAUGUGCUGCUACUGCUUUCUAACUCUGCCUACUACGUGGCCUAUUAUGAUGAUGAAGUUGAUAAAGUAAGCCAAUAUCAACGAUUGAGUCUAGAAGGCCUGGAAAAAAUAGAAAUAGGUCCUGAACCCACACUCUUUGGUAAACCAAAGUUCUCCUGCAUGCGACUGCACUACAGAUAUAAAGAAGCAAGUGGUUAUUUCCAUACACUGAGAGCUGUAAUGCGUAAUCCAGAAGAAGAUGGAAAAGAUACCCUUCAGUGCAUUGCAGAGAUGCUUCAGAUAACCAAGCAGGCUAUGGGAUUGGAUGUACCUAUAAUUGAGAAAAAACUUGAGAGGAAGAGCAGUAAACCUCACGAAGACAUCAUUGGUAUCAGAUCUCAAAACCAAGGCUCUUUGGCCCAGGGGAAGAAUUUUUUAAUGAGCAAAUUUUCAUCUCUAAAUCAAAAAGUGAAGCAGACCAAAUCCAAUGUAAAUAUUGGCAACCUUCGAAAGUUAGGAAACUUCACGAAACCUGAAAUGAAAGUUAACUUUCUAAAACCAAAUUUAAAAGUCAAUCUUUGGAAAUCAGAUAGUAGUCUUGAGACUUUGGAACACUCAGGAGUAAUGGACAAUAAGGUCCAGGCAGAGUCUGAUGGGGACAUGUCUUCAGAUAAUGACUCAUACCACUCUGAUGAAUUCCUUACAAAUUCCAAGUCUGAUGAAGACAGGCAGCUAGCUAAUUCUUUAGAGAGUGUAGGGCCAGUAGAUUAUGUUCUUCCUAGUUGUGGUAUUAUUGCUUCAGCACCUCGAUUAGGCAGUCGAUCCCAGUCUAUCAGCAGCACUGAUAUUAGCAUUCAUGCUCUUUCAGACAUUACUGUUGCUCAUGGAAGUGGGCUUGGAAAAGGCCGGGUGUCUCCUUUGAAAAAAAGUCCUUCUGCUGACAAUAUACAUAUAUUGACUGGUUUUGCCAAGCCUGUGGAUAUUUAUUGCCACAGAUUUGUGCAAGAUGCACAAAACAAAAUUGCGGAGCUAUCAGAGAUCAGGUGUGUGUCUCAGCAAGCUAGUGAGGAAGGAAAUCAUAUGAUCAAUCAGGUUUCUAAUGAAGAAACCAAAUCAGAAUCAGCAGAACUAAUACCUUCUCGACCAUCUCAAUUAGAUGUGUCUUUUUCUGCAACAGGCCCACAGUUUUUGUCAGUUGAACCACUGCACUCUGUUAUAUUUCAAAAGACCCCUGGUUCUGGUUCAGGCACGUUGGAACUUGAGUCAGGGCUUCAUGUAACUCCUUCUCCUUCAGAGAGCAGUAGCAGCAGAGCAGUCUCUCCCUUUGCAAAGAUUCGCAGUUCCAUGGUCCAGGUUGCUAGUAUUACACAAGCUGGGUUAACCCAUGGCAUAAACUUAGCAGUAGCUAAAGUUCAGAAGAGUCCUGCAGAGCCAGAAGUAGUUAAUGAAGUCCAGCAAAAGGAACUUAAAAAUAUGUUUACACAAUGCCAGACACGAAUAAUUCAGAUUUAGAUUUUGGCCACAAAGAAGCCUUUGGCUUUUAUUUGAAAGUUCAAAAAGGAGUUUUCACAUAUUAGGCUAUUUUAACUUGUAUGUCUUAAUCUACGGAUUACAAAUUUUUGUUUCAUUGGGAAGGGUUUUAAAGAAGUCUGAACCUGAGGUUUCCAAAUUGGAGUCAAGGCUAGAAAUCCAAAAUCCUAGAUUCUGUAGACCUGAACGGUUUAUAUUCUGUAACAGGUCACUUCAGAACAACUUGAACUGGUUUUUAGAGGGAAAAGAGGAAUGGACUCUAGGAAGCAGAUAUAAAGGUUAGACAUUGACCCAUUUAAAGGCUCAGCAGUUUUCUGUUGUCAGUUCAUUCCUAUGCAUUACCUCUACAAGGUGGAUCAUACACUUUAGUUUUUAGUGACUAGUGUUCCAAGUGUGGAGAAACAUCUGAAUAUUGAAAAAAAAUUGUUCAGUUGUGAUGGCUUUUAAUCAUUUUCUAGGAAGUUGAUUGAGGAUUUUUGACACUGGUCAAGAAACAUAUUCUCAUUUGGUCCUGAUUUUUCCCAUGUUCCAACUUGAAUAUAUUCUGCCUAUAUUCCCCAAAAUGUACACUUGCCAAGUAUAAUAUAAACCUGUCUUGUCAAUAUGAAUGACAUUAUCUAUUAAAUUUCAUUUUGCUCUGUUUUCA